AUGGGAUUCUUAGUAAAAAAUGAGAAGGUCAUUAAUGAAAACAGUGAAGGAAUAAAUAAUGAAAAUAAAAUAAAUGAGAAAUAUUUGGAUAGCAAUGGAAAAAAAAAUUUUCUUUAUACCUUUUAUGAUAUAAAUAAAAAAGAAAAUGAUAACAAUAUCUAUACAUGUAAAAAUUUAAGUAGUAGCAAUAUUUUAACUAAUCAAAUAAAUAAUAUAAAUAGCAGAAAUAAUAAUUAUAGUUCAGAAGGAUACAUAGAUAAUUUAAAUAAUAUGAAUAAUGAAGAAUUAUUGACAAAUAAAAUUAAUUUUAAUGAUAACAAAAACAAUUCAUGUAUAAAUGAAAAUAAUUUAUAUAAUGGAAAUGAUAAUUCAUUCAUAAAUAAUAAUAAUUUAAAUAAAUCAAAUAAUUUUUUUUUAAAUGUAAAAAAUGAUUCAUUAAUGAACGAUGUUUUAAAUAAUUCAAACUGUUCAUAUUUAAAUGAAAGAAAUUCAAAUAAAAUAAAUAAUGAAGAUGUUUUAAAUGAUAAUAACUUAAAGGAAGUUUGUCAGAAUUCAUUUAUAAAUGAAAAAAAAUUAGAUAAAAUAAAUAAAGAAAAUAGUAUAGAUAAAAUUAAAAAUAUACAAAGAUUAUAUAAUAAUUCACAUAAAGUAAGUAAUGGUUAUUUUAAUUCGAAUAAAAAUAAUUUGAUUAAAUUAAAUAGUUCAUAUAUAAAUGAACAAAAUUUAAUAAAUGAAGAUAUUGACUUAAAUAAAAAUUGUGUGAAACAAUUUAAUAAUAGUGCUACAAAAAAAGACAUUAUUAAAAGUGAUUUUGAUCAAAGUAAUGAAUAUAAUUUUUUAGAAAUAAACAAUGAAGAGCAAAACGAGGUUAUAAAAAAAAAAAUAAAAAAAAAAAUAAACGAAAACGAUUAUUUAUUUCAUGCUAUUAAUGAACUUUUGGAAGUUGGAUUAAAAAAUGAGUGUAUACCAUUAUUUGAAAGACUUCAGCAAAAUCUCUUUUUUUUAGUAAUGCUUGCAAAUAUUCCGAAUGAAAAGUUUGAUGAUAUAGAAGGUAGUUCUGAUUAUUAA